AUGGUCAAGCAGCCAAUCGCAUUCGAGCACUUCGAAGAAGCCUUACGUUCCAAGGAAGAGGGUGUCUGGUGCAAGGGAGAGGUCAUGAGACUCUACGAGCAGUACAUCCUCAAUGCCUGGGAGGACAAAUCGUCCUUGGAUUGGCAAAUCUACCAACUCCUCUGGGACGACCUCCUACGCAACUGGGAUGA